ACAGCAUGGUUAAACAUUUAACGUUACAAUCAAGAAAGAAAGAUUGAGUUCCAUUAUAUCAUGGGUUCAGUUUUGGAGAGAAAUAUUGCAAAGCUUCACCCUGAACUGAAGCACGAUAGCAAGGUCAGCUGCUUGCUUCAAUCUUUACUGUCCCUCUUUCUUCAUCUGUCUCAGGCGCAGGGAUGUAAGUGCCAUGUUUGUACAAGAGGUGUGAAAUAGGUCAAAAUGAGUGGCCUUGGGGACAUUUCUACAGAUCCUGCUAGCCAGGACCGCAAGAGAAAAGCCUCACUAUGUGAUACUCCUCAAAACACUGAAAAGCGCCGAAGGGAGCAGGAGAACAAGUACCUGGAAGAGCUGGCAGAGUUGCUCUCUGCAAACAUUGGGGAUAUAGAUAACCUGAGUGUCAAGCCGGACAAAUGCAAGAUCUUGAUCAAGAGAAUGGACCAGAUCCAGCAGCUGAAGAAAAAGAAACAGGAGAAAGCCCUGGGAGUUGAUGAUGAUGUCCAGAAAUCGGAUAUAUCGUCCAGCAGUGGAGGACUCAUCGAAAAGGAGUCCUUGGGGCCGCUCCUACUUGAGGCUCUGGACGGAUUUUUCUUUGUGGUGAAUCGCGAGGGGCGGAUCGUGUUUGUGUCGGAGAAUGUGACAAGCUACCUGGGCUACAAGCAAGAAGAGCUGAUGAAGGAUAGUGUCUACAGCAUCUUGCACGUGGGAGACCAUGCAGAGUUUGUCAAAAAUCUGCUACCUAAAUCUCUAGUGAAUGGGGUUCCUUGGCCCCAGGAGGCAAAUCGGCGCAGCAGCCGUACAUUUAACUGUAGAAUGUUGGUUCGGCCACCUGAUGAUGCAGGAGCUGAAAAUCAAGAAGCGCGUCAACGGUACGAGAUGAUGCAGUGUUUUACUGUGUCCCAGCCCAAGUCAUUCAAGGAGGAGGGAGAAGAUUUCCAGUCGUGUCUGAUCUGCAUAGCGCGAAGAUUACCUCGACCUGCCCCCAUCACCGCUUCAGAGUCAUUCGUGACAAAGCAAGAUGCUACAGGAAAAAUCAUCUCCAUUGACACCAGCUCCCUGCGAGCUUCAGGCAGUACGGGCUGGGAAGAUCUCGUGAGGAAAUGUAUUUACGCUUUUUUCCAAGCUCAGGGCACAGAACCGUCUUAUGCCAGACAGCUUUUUCAAGAAGUUAUGACGCGAGGAACUGCCUUUAGCCCAUCCUAUAAGUUCACACUGAGUGAUGGGACUGAACUCAGCGCACACACCAAGUGCAAACUGUGCUACCCACCAAGCCCUGAUAUGCAGCCCUAUAUUAGGGGAAUUCAUAUCAUUGAAAGGGACCAAAGCUCUCUUUCUACCCCAGAAAACACUAACUCAGGAAUGUCACUACCCAGACUCAGCCCAUCAAUGAAUCCCACCAUUUCCCAAGCUCAAGGCAUGAUUUUCUCUUCAACCACCUCUCCAUCCAGUGGCAGCAUGCUGACCUCCAGUUUAAACCAGCAGCCAAGCACUGGCCUUCACAGCAUAAGCAGUUCCAACACCAGCCAAGCAAAUUUUGGAUGUUCUCCUGGAAGUCAGAUUGGAACCAAUGUUGCCUUAAACCAGGGGCAGACUGGACCCCAAAACAUUAACAAUCUAAACCUCAACAACUCUCCCAUGAGCAGUCCGGGGAUCAGUCCUCCUCAGUUCAUGUCUCCAAGGCCACGUGGUAGCCCAGGAUUGGUUUCCCGGCCUAGAGCUUCAGGUAAUCCCUUUUCUCCCCCCAUGCCUACCAUGCACUCCCCAGUGGGUAUCUCAAGCAUUGGCUGUAACAAUAGUAGCAGAUCAUUUUCAAACAUGCCUAUGAACUCCAUGCCUGUGCUUAAUGAAGGACCUUUAACCCCUGUUGGAUUUUCUGCCCCUUCUCCUGGCUUGACAAGCAGUGCAUGUCCAACUAAUAAUAAUAGGUUCUUUUCCAACUCCCCAAUAACCUCUGGUCAGGGGAUUAAUGAAGGACCCAGCACCACAGCUGGAUAUUCCACCACAUCUUCUGUUCUACGUCAACUGAACUCUCAGAAUUCACCUGGGAGGCUUAAUAUGCAGCCCAUAAAAAUGGAGCCCAAAGACAUUAACACUGGUAAUAGUACUGACAGGAUUACAGAGGGAGAAACAAAAAGUUCUUUGGCUGCCACCAGUAACAAACUUGUGCAACUUUUGGCAUCCACAGCAGAACAAAAGUUGCGAGACGUGGACGCUACUUGUCAAAAUGCACUUACUUGCCCAGUGGUCUCAAAUUCAAGCUGUGGAAGCACCUCAAGUGGAACAUGCCCUUCAUCUCACAGCUCCUUGACUGAACGGCACAAAAUCUUACAUCGGCUUCUUCAGGAGGGAAGUCCCUCAGAUAUUAGCCCACUUUCUUUAGACCAUGACAAGAAAAACACAGGGUCUGGCAAUAGCCAGGCGUCAGGUAGCACACAGGAGAUAAAGACAGAGCCUGAUACGGACAAGAAAAAGGACUCCAAAGAUCACCAGCUCCUACGCUACCUGCUAGACAAUGAUGAGAAGGAGACAAAAGCUACCCCUACUCUCAGUCUGGAUGAUGUUAAAGUAAAAGUGGAGAAGACUGAGCAGAUUGAUCAGUGUAACUCCACUCCCACCACUAUGGUUAAGCAGGUUCAAGAAGAUAUUAAACUGGAGUCACAAGACCAGUUUCCAGAUGACUUUGAUCAGCUUGACCAGUUGCUGCCUACACUGGAGAAAGCAGCUCAGCUGCCUAUGUUUGGAGCACCUGACCGGACAGAGAGUGGACUUCCCAUGAAGACAGAGAUGCUACCAGCCUCUCUGCAGACUGGCACUGUGGCCCGAACGCCUACAGGGAUGAAUAAUUUUAAUGGCAUGGCUACCAAUCAGUCACCGUUUGGAUUUUGUGAGCCUCUGGAAUCUGUGCAUCUAGAUCUGAACCCAUUUCCUGCACCCAAUGACACAAGUCCGCGAUCAGGACUUACGCCAGAGCAGGGCCGAGUAACUGUGACAGGGACAACCUCGUUUCAGACAGAUCCAGGUUUGCCAGACCCAGAUUUAGGGAUUACAGAUCCCCAAUUUGGACAAUCAGGAAUUGGUGACCAGAUGCCAUGGUCCGACAACAUGAACUCUAUGAAUCGUGUGACCACAAAUACACAAGAAGAAAUUGACGACUUUCUGUGUCCUCCCACCACGGUAGAGGGGCGGAAUGAUGAAAAAGCUCUGCUGGAGCAGCUUGUGUCCUUCCUCAGUGGUAAAGAUGAGAAUGAACUGGCUGAACUUGACCGAGCCUUAGGAAUUGACAAGCUAGUGCAGGGAGGUAAUCUGGAUGUAGUCAAUGAGAGGUUUCCCCAGCAGCCAUCUAUAGCUCCAAUGCUGAUGGAACAAAAGCCUGGCAUGUAUCCUCAGACCUUUUCUGCUGCCCCAACCAACACUGGCCUCCCUAGCCCCUUCUCCAGCAUGGUCAGGCAGAAGACCUCUUUUGGGCCUAUGCCAGUCCAGGUACCUCCACCACGAGGGACAUAUUCAAACCCAAUGGGCAUGCAACCCCGGCAAGCAUUGGCACGGCCAGUUACUGCAUCCAACCAUCUCCGUUUACAGCUCCAGCAGAGGUUACAAGGACAGCAGCAGCUCUUACACCAGAACCGACAAGCCAUCCUCAGCCAGUUUGGUGUUGGGAAUACAGUCCCCAUGGGCAUGAGGCCUGGAAUGCAGCAAACCAUGUCUCCUCAGCCUCCACUCAAUGCUCAAAUGUUGGCCCAGCGUCAGCGGGAACUGUACAGUCAGCAGCAUCGGCAGCGGCAGCUUAUGCAGCAAAGAGCUAUGCUCAUGAGGCAACAGAGUUUUGGGAACAACUUGCCCCCCACAGCUGGACUACCAGUAACUAUGGGGGCCUCCAGGCUCCCUCAGGGACCCCCACAGCAAUUCCCUUACCCUCACAGCUAUGGUACGAACCCUGGAAACCCACCCCCUUCUACCAGUCCCUUUUCAACCCUUGCAACUAGCCCUGAGGCAACACUCCCAAAUCGUGGGGGAGGAAGUGGAGGUGGCAUAGUAAACAGAGGCAUGAUGGGAAAUGUCGGAGGACAGUUUGGCUCUGGGAUGAAUCCUCAGAUGCAGCAAAAUGUCUUCCAGUAUUCAGCAACAGGUAUCGGCCAGCAAGCAGACCCUACAUUUGCUCCAUCUCUGAGUCCUACCAGUCCGCUGAUGUCGCCUGGCAUCACUCCAUCUCAGAGUCCCAUGCUUCAGCAAACGCCGUCUACUCCAGGGUACCAGUCACCUGACCUCAAAACGUGGCAGCAGGGAACCCUGGGAAACUCAAGCGUUUUCACCCAGUCAGGGCAGACCCAGACUACACCCGGCCAGCAGGGAAUGUACAACAACAUGAGCAUCACCGUGUCUAUGGGAGGAGCAAAUGCAGGUGUACAAAACAUGAAUCAGAUGACUGGACAGAUGCAGAUGAGUUCCCUGCCCAUGCAAACCAUGAAUUCAAUGUGCACAGAUCAGGUGAGUGAUCCAACCCUGAGACCUAGCGGGCUUUAUUGCAACCAGUUAUCCUCAACAGAUCUGCUGAAAUCUGAGCAGGACACAGGCCAGGUACAGCAGGUACAGGUAUUUGCUGAUGUUCAGUGCACGGUGAACCUUGUGGGAGGUGACCCUUACAUGACCCAAUCAGGACCCAUCUCCUCGCAGAAAACAACCACAGGACCCCAGACGCAACAGUCUCAGCAGAAGAGCCUCUUACAGCAGUUGCUCACGGAAUGACAACUCAUCCAAAAAAGGCCUGAAGAAGGCUCGAGACUUGAAUGAAAACACAGACUGAGUUAUAGAAAUAUAUUACAUAUAUAUUCUAUAUUUUUCUGAGAUUUUUGAUAUCUCAAACUGCAGCCAUCCGGAGUUGGAAGACUGCGGAACACAUUGGUGUAUGGAUUUGAGGAGAAAUUGAAUUCUCUUACGUUUGCCGCAGUUUUUUCCUUUUCCCUUCACCCCGUCCCCUUCGGAUAACGCUUGGACAGCGUCUGAUGUUCGGAGAGAGAAAGAGAGAAAGCUGCGGGGCUGGACAAUCGGACCUUGGGUCCCCUUUCGAGCCAAAUGACAGAUAAUACUUAUUUUUGUACGCAGUCGCUGUUAUGACACUGAAUGGAUUGGGCGUUUAGGCGCUCCAAGAGAAUGUCGUUGGAGGACUCAGUUUCAGCUGGUACUGUCACUGAUAUGGAACCUAAAUGGAGAAGAGGGUUCUUGGUAAUUUACGGGUGGCGGGGAUGGGGGAAACAAAGAUAAAAAGUAUCUAUAUAUUAUAUCGAGGUAAAGCGCAUCUUUGUUGCAGCUGAAGUGCAUUUGUAGAGGUAUCUCUGGCUUGUAUGUACAAUCAUGUUUUUUCUAAGUGGGAGGCCUGCUUUGCGCAUAUUUUAGGGCCUAUUUUGUACCCCUUUGCUGCUGGAGCAGCAGGUGGGUUAGCCCGCAAUAUUUUCAUGAGGUUGAUGAAUUUCUUGAAAAUACAUGAAAAUCUUUUCUUUAUAGUAGAAAAAGUCAUUUCAAAUAUUUAAUUUAACUGAAUUUUUUACCCAUUAUUUGAACAGAAGGGGCAGCAGAGAUUUGAAAGUAAUCUAUAGUGUAGACAGGCCAUCAGGCUGGGCUAGCGGGAUAAUAUGGUGAGACUGCAUAGUCUGGUAAGAACCAUAACUGGACAAGGGACUAAUGCCGUUAGCGAGACACUUGUCUACAUUAUCACUGCAAGAAGAUAUAGGCCAGCAAGAUCGAAUGCAAAUUCAAUCAAUCUUUGCAGUGAUUCAGAAGCGGAGAUUUAAGAAACUUUGCUUUUGUGAUAUUGCUUAUUACUUACAGAGACAUUUACUAUGGUCCAGCCUAGAAAAAAAACACAGAAGCUUGCAAUGAAAUAAUUGUGAGUUCCAUGGCAGGAACACAAGUUAAUAAAUAAGGUAAAAUCAUUCUUGGCAAAAAGCAGAACGUAAAUGGAGGUAAAGUUGUUCAGCUGAAAUAUACAGCAAGUACCAACAGGUUCUGUUGACUUUGGAUGUGCAAAGUGUUUGGUACAUUUAAAAUUAAUUUGAGACGCAUAAAAUCCUUAAUCUUUCUACUGUCACAAGAACUUAGAGCAAAGUGCAGAUAUGUUUGGCGGUCAGUGAGUUAAUUGCAUAAACUUCACUUUGGUCACCAGGAAAUAAAUACAGGUAGUUUCAUCAGAAAUUUAAUUCACCUUAUUGAUGAGCUUAAAAUGAAAAAUGUAUUAUAUUUUUCUGCAAUAGCUUAGAUAGUGCAUUAUGAAAAAAUGUUAUUCUGUAUAGAUAGUCACCUUACAACUUCACAAACCUCUGGUUAUGUUAGUGCCACGCUUUAUAUUAAAGCAAGCAUCAUGCAUUCUAGGGUGGCUCAUUGUUUCCUACUUAUAAAUUUGGCACAUUUUACGUAGUGUCAAUAUUCUUAUUUGUUUCUGUCAGUAGUGUGAUAUUAUUAUCAUUUAUUUGUAAAGCACUGCCAAAUUCCACAGCAUUGGGUACAUGAGUAGUGCUUCACAAUGACACAGAUUCAUAAUACAAAAAUAACCCCCAAGUUAUAAAUCUACAGAGAUCGAUAUUGAAAAUGUAAAUACUUUAAACCUACGAGCAGCCAUAAGAAAAAUGAUUGGGUCUGUUAUCGAUAACAUAAGCAGCCUAGACAGUAGUUAUGGGAACUAUAGUGAUCACACCACAAUGCCAAAUUAGUGGAUAUCAGAGUCAUCUUGCACCUGAGAUCCUGGUUUUCUAUGUACAUAGUAAAUAUAUCAAGUGUAAUGACUGUACCUCCCCGGAUAUGGGUAGAACCCAGUAAGGUAAAUACAAAGCCCUAUUUAUGCAAAGGAGUAAUGUAUCUGUAAUGAUGGAGACCACACACGUGAAGACAUAUAGUACAGUCACUACAGUUAUUGGUAUAAAACUAAAAGUGCUAUUGUGUCAGUAUAAAAAUAAACAAGCCAUAGAGUGAUGUAUAUGCUAAACCAUUUAAGUCUAUAUAUAUAUAUAUAUAUAUAUGGUAUAUAUACAUGCAUAGUAUUUAUAUCAGACAUUAAGAACUGCACUAAAAAAAAUAAAUGUCUUAUAAAAAUUUAAAACUGGCAUUUUUGAUUUUAGCAAAAUUUGUUUUGCAGUGAAAAUUCUUCCCUAUUAAAGUCUGUAGUGCAUAUCUAUUUUAUUCAGGUUGCUGAAACUAAUCAAGGACAUAUAUAAAUGAGUUCCUGCUCUCUAAGUAAUUAUUGUGUAGAAUGGUGACAGUUUGGGGAUGGGAUGUUUCCAACCCCAAAGAUAAAUUACAAGGACAGCAGACAAAAAAAAAAGUUUAUUUAUCACACAUAAUCAACAUUCAGUUAUGAGUUUAAUGUCUCUAAGAAAUACAGAAAUAUGUGCCAAACCUCUGUAGGGUGUUUAUACGGCUCAAAUAGAUGCACACUUAUGUUUAUGUACUGAGAAACUGUUAAAUCCGGCUUAGCCUUUAGGUACUAAGAAGAGGCAAAACUAACUAACUAUAUAUAUAUAUAUACACGUGUGUGAGAGAGAAUGAGACUAUAUCUUACCAAGGUUAAAGGAGCCCUUUCAAAUCUCUGCUGCCCAUUUAAAACAAAAAAAUGGUGUCAUCCCUUUUACUGCAAAACAGUACCCACCACUGAGCAUCAGAAGGGGUUUGAAAAAAUGAAUAAAUAAAACAAGGUUGGUUUGUGUAGAGUUCCUGCAACCGGCUUUCAGAUGUCUAGUAUAAGAUACACAAUUGCUUUAACCUGCUGCUAGGACCGUGUAUACCCUCCAGACUCGCCAUUAAUCCAUAACAAUAUAACAAAUCUCAGGAUAUUCCUACUGUCUGUAGCCUGCAGCAAUAUCAUGCAACAGGAUUUUUUUUUUUUUCCGUUUGUUUUUUUGUUUUCUAACAAGCAGGGGCUACUAUAAUAUUUUUUUUUCUUUUUACUGUACAUUGAAGGAAAUUACUAUUUACACCAGUAUUUUAUAUUAUUUUUUUUUUUUUUGUGGGAGGGAUAUUGUUUUUGUUUUGUUUUGUACGCAUUGUUUUAUUCUGUGUCCAGAUUGUUCUCAGGCACUGCCUUUCUUGUUUUUCUUUUAUUCAAAAUCCUUGUUAAGUACCUCAACUCAUUCUUACUAAGUACCUCAGCUAUUAAAAAAGUGACAUUUGCUUUGCUAGCAGAAAGACCUGAACCACAUUGGAAUGUAGUAGUGACUUAUCAUCUGAGAGUGAAGUGCAGCUAAUACGUGUAUACCUCCUUUACAAAAUAGUAUAACGUUCUGACAAAAUACUACAGCUGCAAAACAAGCUUUCACUUAUAUAUUAUACAUAUUUUUUCCAAUUUGAUAAAUUAUUGUAACCAUCUCUAGUUAUUCCAUAAUAGUCCUGUGCCCAUAUACCACCUUGCAAAUUUGUGGGCUAUGCUUUUAUUUCAGGCAGGGGUGGCAAGCCUUUUUGAGAAUGUUUGCUCAAAUUGGCAAUAAACUUAUAGAAACAUUCUUUGGCAAGUAGUAUGGCAAUAAAUCAGGAUGCCACCGCUUUCCAUAUGCCAACAGAUUUACUGUGUGCCUACUUGGGCAAGUUCGUGUGGCAAGGUUCGAUACACCCGUUUUUUAAAUACUUGACUGCUUUAGCGGAAACUGUUCUAAACUGAUAGGACAGUUUGUAAUGGCCUCAAAUGAAAUACAAUUGUAUUGAUAAGUUAUGCUACAAAUGAUACCACUGAUUUCAUCCUUACUGCACCUUUUGAGGCAAGUUCAUUCAUAUGCUUGGCAGCCAUUCAUAUCUACACGUGACCCUAUGCAAUCUGAUUGGGUGUUGCCCUAUCACUCCAGUGGGAUGGGAAAUGGUCAAACUUAUAAUGUAAAAUAGAGCAUUAGUUUAAAAGCCAAAUGUUUAUUUAGAGCAGUUUUCUGCUUGCUUUGUCCUUUUAAACAAGCCUACCCUUCUAUCACAUCAUUGCAUACUGAGGUAGGAACAAGCAUGUGUCGUGAGCACUGUAUGUGUUAUUUUGUUGCAAACACUGCUACCAUAUAGUGCUUAAGUCACUGAAUCCCAUGCCCUUUUAAAAAAAAAAAUCCUAGAGAUGUGAAGUCCGUGCAACUGGAAGAUUAAUUUGGCACAUGGACACAAUUAUGCACUUGCUCGUAGCAGAAAAGUUACCGACUGCACGUAAUGGAUAUCUAUAAGGUGGUAAUUGUCAUUUGUGUGUUUGUGUCCUGGGGAUAUUCUGCUUGCAACUAUGUCCAUAAAAUUACAUUUUACAAAAAUAACAGAAAAAAGUGCUUAUCUUCAAAACAAUGGGCAGUGCCUUUGAAUGAAAGCUUCAGUAACAGAACAUGUUAAAUGUGCUGCUGCAGAUAAAAUACUUGCUGUAUAUAUAAUGCUCAGUAUACAUCCUGAAAGUCUUUUACAUAGUGGGCAGGCAACAUCUGCUUUAUCCAAAACCUAACUUUUUAAACUUAAAAAAAUAAAUAAAAAAAAUAACCAGCAUGUCAACAUGUUGAUUUAUUAUUUUUUUGCUUCAGAAUGGACCUUGUUCUUAAAUCCUACUGUUUUUGAAAUAAAAAAAUAAAUUAAAAAAAAUAAAUAAAAAUAUACAUGGCUCGUACACUUAAGAAUUUCAGUAACUUGCUAUGUACAGUUUUGUUCUUCAAUUUUGAAUCAAAAUUCUUUAGCCAGCUGCUUUUUCGUAAUGUAAAAAGGUAUGAUAAGUUUCAAAUAUUUUAUAUUGCGAUUUGUUUCUUAAGAAAAAAGAAGAAAAGAAAAAAAAAAGUAAAUACCAGGAUUUUUCAUAUUUUAUUUUCCCUUCAAUAAAGAAUGUUUAGAAGUUUUCUUCUGCAUACAAAAUAAUUCCCUAAAAAAAUUAAAUGUUUUAUAUUUUGUUUGAAAUAAAUGCUGGCUAUUGAUCACAAAUACGAUAAAAUAAUUUAUUCUAAAAAAUAACUGAUCUUGCUUUUAAUUAUGUAAGGAAAUCUGCAUAGCGAAUUAAAUACGUUUAAAUUUAUUGCUUCUAUUUUCAACACUUAAUUCUUUUAUGGGGAAAGAUAAGAAUGUACUUAAGGUGGAAAAUGAAUCAAUCUGACAAUUGAUCAAAUAUAAUUUCAGAUUAACUUGUUAUAGAGCAAAUAGAAUUUUAAAAAGGCAAUUUGCUCAAAAAACAUAAAUAUGUUAUAAUAUUUCUUCAUAUGAAGAAAAAAAUACAGUAAAGAAAGAGCAAAGAAUGUAAAAUGAUUUAUGAACCAGUCUGGUUUCAUAGGGACCCGUGGCAUGUUGCCAAGUGUGGGCCCUAGCAUCAGACAAGGUUAAACUCGUCACUGCCAGGGAGGUUUGCCAUUCUCUGUAAUGUAUUGCAGGUCUCUCUGGCAGCAGGGUUAUGGUGGCUGAACAAUAUUGCUUUUGCUGUUAUAUUAUUGGCUUUGUUCAAUGUUUAAUUAUUCUGUUUAUUGUAAAUAAAGUCAUUUAAAAAAUCA